GUGCAACAAAAAUGGCGAUCAGUAGUGGAGCCAUCCAGCUGUCUGGACGAUGUAAAACAAAAGCGUACAUGGAAGUAAAUGCAUCAGAAUGGAGCAGAGCUGGGAGACUGUUUUCUACAUCUCAAAUACAAUCUUUUUCCAACUGCGUUUUUUCACAUGUUGUCGAUUCACAAUCAUUUAAAUAAAGAAAAACUCGUAAAUUAAAUGUUCUUUUCUUUAUAAAUGUCCUCUAUCCUCUGAAAAAUGGCACAAGAACAUGUUAAAAUCUCCAAAAACACGAUUUUCAGAGGAGUGGGUCUUUAACACAGGUUUUCCGGUCCUCCCGGCCGCCAGAGGGAGACAUACGCUCAUCCAGCGGGGUUCACCAACACUCCCGGCGCCCUCAUGAAAACAGCUGUUGUGGUUCUGUUGGGCAUGUCCGCCUCAAGGUUACCGCCGGCUGCGCUUUCUCUAAAGCAGUUCCUGCAGAGGCAGAAGGUCCUGCAGAUCUACCGGACCUUGCUGAGGACAAUCCGACAGGUGCCGGACGAGGCAGACAGGAGGUACCUGAGGGACUGGGCCCGGGGGGAGUUCAGGAGGAACAAAGAGGCCACGAACCAGGACGCGAUCCGCAUGAUGGUCACUCAGGCCCGGAACCAUCUGGAGGAGCUGCAGAAAUCCUUGGCGUUGGCUCGGAGUUGACUUCUGAGGAACGUUCUGGACGUGUGAGGAGACCUGAGAGGGUCAGAGUGGGACUGUUUGAACACAGAACCUCCCUGGAGGGCGAUGAGGGCCUGAAGGCUUCAUCGUUUGGACUGUGGACAGAACUCCUCUCUAAAACCACAGACGGUGUGGAGACGAUUCUUUAAUACAAAACCUGCUUCCUGGGAGAGGAAGAGUGCAUCAAGAUCCAAAACAAACGGGUUCUAAAAGCGUAAUGCAUGUCUGUGAUGAAGAACCGCUCAGCGCUGCAGCAGAUACGAUGGGAUGCUCCUUCAGGUUCAUCUUCAGCUCAGAUCAUCAGCUCUCUCUGCUGCAGGAGAGUCGGUGAAGAACUUGGACAAAACAGUUUCGUUUCCCUGUAAUCUGUAGUUUGACUCAAAAUGAUAUGAAAAAGAUUCCAAACAAUAAAAUUCCUUCAAAAGGGAAAA